UUGUCAUUUAGCAGGGCUACCAAUGUUAAAUUUUAUUUUGGGGAAUUUGAUUUUUAAAAACCCCUUUUACCAACUGUCAUUAUCCCAUAAAAGCAAAAAUGGGUAAAGUUAAGUGUUCCGAUCUGAGAAGUAAAGACAAAAAAGAGCUUACCAAACAGCUCGAUGAUCUUAAAAAGGAAUUAACUAAUUUACGUGUAGCAAAAGUCACAGGAGGAGCCCCUUCUAAACUUUCAAAAAUCCGAGUGGUACGUAAAGCUAUUGCUCGUGUAUAUAUUGUUAUGCACCAAAAGCAAAAGGAAAACUUGAGGAAACUGCACAAGAAUAAGAAGUACAAGCCACUAGACUUAAGGUCAAAGAAGACUCGUGCUAUCCGCCGUGGAUUGACCAAUCGUGAAAGGAACUUGCAAACCCACAAAGCAUUCAAAAAGAAUUCAGUUUUUCCACAAAGAAUAUACGCUCUUAAGGCUUAAUAUUUUUAUUUAAUAAAUAUGUAAUUAAAGUA